UUCGUUUCGCACUGCGUGCGUAGUUUUGCUUGUUCGCUUCAGAUCACCACAGUUUUUCAUCGAUUCCUCAUAGAUUUUCCCAAAAAAACACAGAUUUUUCAUCGCUGGACCAUGUCCUCGUAUCAUCUAAGCACCAAGGAACGGCUGCUGGCCAUCGUGGACGACAUUGAAAUCAUUUCCAAAGAACUAAUCGAGAACACCAUCGCUCCGAAGCAUCAGAAAAUGUCCAGCGCCGAUCAUGGGCAGCUGGUCGAGCUGCUAGUGUCCAAGGACAAGGAACUAAAAGCCACUCUGCAGCUGGCGGCGGAACAAGCCGGCAUCGAGAAGAAGAUGAACGGCCUGCGGGAGCAGGUCAAGGAACAAGACGAGGAAAUCAAUCAGCUGCAGAAGCAGCUCAAAGAAGCCGAACAGAUCCUGGCGACGGCGAUAUUCCAAGGACGCCAGAAACUGACCAGUAUUAACAAAGCCGCCAAGCGGCCGGUUUCCUCGGAAGAGCUGAUCAAGUUCGCUCACCGGAUCAGCGCCUCGAAUGCGAUCUGCGCCCCGCUAACGUGGCAACAGGGCGACCUGCGGAGGCCCUAUCCGACGGACAUCGAGAUGCGGUUGGGAUUCCUGGGCAAGUCGGACCUAAACAUCAACGGACACGGACAGAUGCCGAACAGCCAGAACAACAGUCUGAACGAGAUGCAACAAAGGAAUGCCGGGGCCGGUGCGGGAAGUGGAGUGGUCGACAUUCCGGCCUCGGCACAGAAUCAGUUCGCUUGGCAUCCGUCCGGCGAGUUGCAUAUGACGGUGGGUGCCGGCGCUGGAUCGGUUUCGCUGGAUACCCGGUCGCACAAGGACGCAUCGCAGGAUGAUGUUGAGGUCAUGUCGACGGAUAGUUCCAGUUCCAGCUCAAGCGAUUCGCAGUAAGAGACAGGUAUUUUUGUGUGCUUCGGUAUGAUUUUUUAAUAAAAAAAAAUAAUAAACUCAAUACUAUAACAUAAA